UAGUCUAGACGACUCCCACUUAUUAGUACUGGUCUGCUGCCACAGUCACUAUUAUUAUUAUUGCUCCGCUGACAGGAGAAUGGUGUUGCUAUGUGAUGAAGAUAAUCUGCAACGUCUAGUCAGGUGAAGAUUGGUAAUUGGAGAUACGUAAUACAAAAUUAGUCAAGAAAAUUAGGUGUUAAUGAAAUGCAGAAGCCUCAAGGAUAGGAUGCCGCAUCUGACAACUUCUAUGUGCAUAUAUCAGUUCACCUGUUUCUAUGGAGCCAACCGGGUACAUCGGUCGACGCGCACCCUGUCCAAGAGGAUUCAAGAACACUAUCCAACCAGCAUGGUUGCGAAAAGGCAAUAGUGGUUCAAUAAGGAGUGCGGUAAUUGAACACCUGCUUAACACUGAUCAUUCCAUCUCAACAAACGCCUCCUGGUUCAAAGUGAUCUACAGAGUCAAGAAUAACUUAUCAAAGACAAUACGGUUUCGUCUUCUUUGUAUCACUGAAGCUCUGGCCAUUCACAUAGAAAAACUGGAGUUGUGCAUACAAAAGAGAAUUACUCAACCACUUCUACUGUCUUGGUAACAACCUUUCUGAUUUGACUUAUUUUUAUUUUGAUGACUUGAUUUUGUUUCUUUGCCUGUUCUUCAAUUGCUCACAAUUCUUCUAUUCAUUUAAAAAUCUUAAGUAAUUUCGUAUUAUCUACUUUGUUC